AAGAAGAAGAAGUCUUGCCUGGUGACAGGUCACGUGACCACGUGGCAUGGCGCUGUUGUCUUAACGGAGAGAAGUGCGAAGUAACUAAAAUACUCUUAUUUUCUAAUGAUACAAGUUUCUAUAUGCAUGUUAAACUGAUAUGCUGCCUCCUCCAGCCGCGUUUCAAUUUCCUUGGGAGAUAGUGAAAGAUGGUGCAUCAGUGCGAACGUGUGGCAGACUUAUAAGUUACGUGCCAGAAGAGUCCAAAGCUGUUCUAAGUGGUCAGCAGUCUUCUGCACAGUGCCACGUGUCUGUACAAACAACACUUGUUGAACCUUUCCAGCCUGUACUUGGAGCUCAGUAUUUUGUUCUUGGCGAAAUUGAAAAGACUGAUGGAUUAAGUGGAGUUAUGCUGCGUGCCCGUGCUUUGACUUGUGUUGAUGGAGUAGACCUUACACUAAUGCAACAGGCCAUUUUGGAACAGAGAUGCUUCUUUAAGGAGAGAGAAACUAAAGAUGAAUAUGCAAGCUCACUGCUGUGAGAGCCCUCAAACGUAAAGAACCUGUGAAUUGUGAUCAUUUCAGAACUAUUUAUUAUUGUGUUUUUGUACAAUUUGAGAAUCUGUGACUUUGUGUCAACUUCUCAAUAGCGUAGGAUUGUCAGUUGGAUUAUUACAUAAAGUAGAUGUAAAUUGAUUAGCUAACUGUAAAAAUAAAUAUAUACUUUUAAAUUUUACAAAUAAGCAAGUAAGAGGUAAAUGGCUCUCAAUCUAUGUAUUGUAUUGCUAUAUAAUAUAUGGUAUUUGUUCUGAACUUUGACACACCCUAUGUAUAUUGGAUGUCUAGUGCAGGAUGUAGGUCAAACUCUAUACCCCUGUUUAUUUAGAAAGAAAACACUUUUAAAAUGUAUUUUAAAAAUAAAUAAAUUAUACAUUUAGUACAAUUACAAAUAUAUAUCACAGAAUGUGUUCUGCUAGCUAAAAUGCUAUGCAUAUCCCUGCAAAGAAUACAUUUGAUACCAUUCUUGCAUUGUGUGUUGACUUCAUUUAAUAGAAACAAAUUAGAUGUAACAAAAAAGACAAGUCAUUCAUUGCAUUUUUAAUUAUUCUCAAUUAUUCUCAUCAGCAGUAUUAGAAAGGACAGAGAAUGGUAAAGACAUAAAUAAAAGUAUAAUGAUUUUAAAUCAGAAAUUGCACUUCUGGCCCAUCAUACCAUGCAAAUAAAACAUGCAUAACA